ACUCUUCAGAGCUCAGCAGGUUCGUCCCAGAGGCAGUCAGACUCCGGGAGACGCUCUCCUCCCCACUCCCAGAGACUGAGCUGGGGCUAGCGGCCGCUCUGUCCGUCCUGCCGUGCCGCUCCCGUUGGAGUGAAGACCCGGUGGAGCGAUGGCACGUUCCGGGCACUGGAUGGGCAGCGUGUUUCUCUUCACCUUGUUCUUAGCAUUUGAUGCCCAGUCGUUGAUGAACACGCCCAAAUUUCCAGACAUCUAUCAUGUUACAGGAAUUCUGUCAUUGCCACUCGCUGAGAUUAAAGAGCCAUUUGAAGCUUGGUACAACCUGUCUGGAAACAUCAGCCGCAUUGAUUAUUAUCAUGGUCAGGUUAUAACUCUACAACAUGGAUUUGAAAAGCCAGCUGGAAUUAGUUACAAGAUUUCUCCAGAGACUACGGAAACAGAGAUAAACGUUAUCAAAUGCUUCCAAGUGAAUGGAACUGUUGAUGAUCCCAUCUUUCCACAGUCAGUCUUUCCAAACCUGGAGGGUUUUAAGUUCAUAAAGGAAGAGGACUAUAAAGGACAACAUUGCAGCGUGUGGCAGAAUAUUAUUUACAAAAAUCAAAAGAAGAAUAAUUACACCAUUUGGAUCACCAAGUCUACAAACGACCCCAUUCCUGUCCAUUAUGAAAUGAAGGGAUAUAAUACUUUGUUUGGAUCCCAUUAUGACAAAUAUGAAUUAGAUUAUGGGACUGUGGACUUUAACGUGGACUCAAAUAUCUUUGAACUUCCUGAAGGUUUGCCUUGCAAAAGAUUUGCUGGUCCUCGAGUAGAACACAGAAUCCUGGCGAAUCCCAUUCAGGAUUUAGUUACCUUAGAUAAGGAAGAUCAGGCUCAUCAUUUGUUUCAGCAUUACAAGAAGAAGUUUAAUAGAGACUAUGAGACAGAUGACGAGGAACAUGAUUUGAGAAGAACCACAUUUACUCACAACAUGAGGUACAUCCAUUCAAUGAAUCGAGCAAACCUAACCUAUAAGUUGGAAGUUAACCAUCUGGCUGACCGCACUGUGGAUGAGACCACAGCAAUGAGAGGAAGGCUGAAGAGAACCUUACGAAAUAUCGGGCAACCUUUUCCAACAGAUCAGUACAUGUCAACUGUUGUCCCUCUGAGUGUGGACUGGAGACUGUAUGGAGCAGUAACCCCUAUCAAAGAUCAAGCUGUUUGCGGGUCUUGUUGGAGCUUUGCAGCAACUGGUGCUCUAGAAGGAGCACUUUAUCUCAAGACAGGAAAUUUAGUUCCUCUUUCUCAGCAAAUGUUGAUGGAUUGUACCUGGGGCUUUGGAAACCGUGGGUGUGAUGGCGGAUUGGAAUGGCAGACAUUUGAAUGGAUUAUGAAACAUGGUGGAAUUGCUGAUGCAGAAUCAUAUGGCUCUUACAUGGGACAGGUGUGUACUAAGGUUUCCUUCCAUUAA